GGGAAAUUUGCCUCAAGAAAUGGCACACUUGAGUCAGCUCAAGUUUCUUGAUUUAAGUUUCAACAGGUUCAGAGGGAAGGUUUCCUUCUUGGUUUGUGUUUUUACACCAACUUCAAGUUCUAAAUCUUAGGAAUAAUAGUUUCACUGGUUCCAUCCCUUCAUUUUCUAAUAUGUCCACACUUGAGACUUUGAAUUUGGCAUUCAAUUCCUUAGAAGGUCAUAUCCCUGUGUCUCUCUCUAAUGCCUCAAGGUUGGAGACGUUAGAAUUAUCUUAUAAUUCACUUCAAAGAAACAUUCCAGAAGGGAUCGGCAGUCUUCACAACAUGAACUCGUUGGGCAUAGAGAAUAAUCAGCUGGUGGGUUCUAUACCAUUCACAAUUUUCAAUAUUUCUAGGAUCGAAUUCAUUGCAUUUACUGGCAAUAGCUUAUCAGGAAGUCUUCCCAAUGGUUUAUGCAAUGGUCUCCCAAUACUGAAAGGGCUUUAUCUGUGUUACAACAAGCUUCACGGUCGUAUACCUACAAGCUUGUCAAAUUGUUCACAACUUCAAAUAUUGUCUUUAUCAUAUAAUGAGUUUGAUGGACCAAUACAUAGUGAAAUUGGAAGAUUGAGUAACUUGCAGCAAUUGUAUCUCGGAUAUAACCAUUUCACAGGGAUAAUUCCACAAGAAAUUGGAAAUCUUGUUAAUUUGAAGGAGUUAUGGAUGGAGAGCAACCAGAUGACCGGCUCAGUCCCAAUCUCCAUAUUCAAUAUCUCGGUGCUGCAAGUUUUGUCACUGUGGAGAAACAAUCUUAAUGGAUCCUUACGACGGAAGAUUGGCAAAUUAACCAAGAUACUAUUUUUAUAUCUUAACAAAAUAGGUUUACCGGUACGUAAUCAAAGUGAUAGAAAGAGGUACAACUUAAACUAUAUUGAACUAACUAGAUAAACUCACAAGCAUUCAUUCUUUCCUGCGUUUCCAGGUGAAAUACCCAAAGAGAUAAGAAAUCUCGUUGAAUUGAAGGAGCUCAAUCUUGGCUAUAAUGGUUUUAGUGGUUCACUUGAUAUUUUCAACAUAUCCGGGCUGAGGGUAGUUUCUCUUAGAAACAAUAAUCUAUCAGGAAUCCUCCCACCAAACUUAGGUUCUCUCUUACCCAACAUUGAAGAGCUUAACCUGAGUGAAUUAACCAAUCUUGGUGGGACUAUUCCUCAUUCUAUCUCCAAUUGUUCAGAACUUAUUACACUAGAUCUUUCAUACAACAAACUCACUGGCUUGAUUCCUAGUUCUCUUGGAUAUUUGACUCAUCUACAGUUCCUAAACAUGAUAGAAAACAAUUUAACUAGCGACUCUUCAUUAAGUUUCCUAACUUCCUUAACCAAUUGCAGAAAUUUAACAACUCUAUCUCUAUCCUUAAACCCUCUAAACAGUAUGCUUCUAGUUUCUGUAGGGAACUUUUCUACAUCGCUUAUAAGAUUCUAUGCGAAGAGUUGCAAGAUCAAAGGGCGAAUUCCCAAUGAUUUUGGGAACUUAAGUAGCCUAUUAGACCUUGAUCUUUCUGCAAACAGCUUGGCAGGAUCUAUUCCCACAACAAUUGGCAACUUGAAAAACCUUCAGUGCUUAAACUUGAGUAAUAACAAACUUACAGGAUUUAUUGGUGAUCAUAUAUGUAGAUUGCAGCAUUUGGGUGAUAUUUACUUGGGGCAAAAUCAACUUUCAGGAUCUCUUCCUAAUUGUUUAGGGAAUAUUACUUCCCUUAGGGAGAUACAUCUGGGUUCCAACAAAUUGAGUUCCAACAUACCGCAAAGCUUAGGGAACCUUCAAGAUCUAGUGGUUCUUGACUUAUCGUCAAACAACAUGGUAGGUUCUUUAUCUCAUGAAAUUGGAAAUCUAAAGGCUGUAACAAAGAUGGAUCUGUCGAUGAAUCAAUUCUCAAAUGAAAUUCCUAGAGAAAUUGGCAGCUUGCAAAAUUUGGCACACCUUUCUCUGAGAUACAACAAGUUGCAAGGCUCUAUACCUGACUCAAUGAGCAACCUGGUAGGUUUGGAAUUCCUAGACCUUUCUCAUAAUAAUAUAUCCGGAAACAUUCCUAAGUCUUUGGAGAAGCUUCAAAGCUUGAAGUAUUUCAAUGUUUCUGUCAACAGAUUGUAUGGUGAAAUACCCUCGGGAGGUCCUUUCAAGAAACUCGCGAGUCAGUUUUUAAUUUACAAUGAAGCAUUGUGUGGUUCUUCAAGAUUUAGUGUCCUGCCAUGCCCCACUUCAUCAAAGCACAGAUCAAAUAGGAAAAAAAUGCUAGUUCUUUUUCUUUUGCUGGGAAUUGCACUAGUAGUUGUUCCUAGCACCUUUAUUUUUUUCUGGAUAAGUUAUAGAAAAGGUAAAAGAGCUCCUCAACAAGCUGAUUCAUUGUCUGCCAUAACAAGAGAAAGAAUUUCAUACUAUGAAUUGAUCCAAGCAACUGAUGCACUUAGCGAGAGUAAUCUGAUUGGUUCUGGAAGUUUUGGUUCUGUUUACAAAGGUGUUCUCAGAAGUGGAACUGCCAUUGCAGUUAAAGUGUUCAACCUGCAACUGGAAGCGGCAUUCAAGAGUUUUGAUACGGAAUGUGAAGUUUUGUGCAGCCUUCGCCACAGGAAUCUCGUUAAAGUCAUUACUAGUUGUUCCAAUCUUGAUUUCAAGGCUUUAGUGCUCGAGUAUAUGCCUAAUGGAAGUCUUGAGAAGUAUGUGUAUUCUCACAACUACUUCCUUGACACCAAGCACAGACUAACCAUAAUGAUAGAUGUGGCAUGUGCUUUGGAAUAUCUUCACCAUGGGUGCUCAUCGCCUGUGAUUCACUGUGACGUGAAGCCUAGUAACGUCUUGUUGGAUGAGGAUAUGGUUGCCCACCUCAGCGAAUUUAGUAUUUCAAAACUGCUUGGUGAAGAUCAGGGUGAUUUGUACACUAAAACCUUAGCAACAUUGGGGUAUAUUGCGCCAGAGUAUGGACUGGAUGGACUAGUAUCAACAAAGUGUGACGUCUAUAGUUAUGGGGUCAUGUUGCUGGAAACAUUUACUAGGAGAAAGCCUAAUGAGUUUGAGGGUGACCUUAGCUUGAAGCAAUGGGUGAGUUAUUCAUUCCCAGAAGCAGUAAUGGACAUUGUAGAUAUCAACUUGGUAACACCACAGGGUUAUCAGAAGGAGCUGGAUGUUGUGGCUUCAAUCAUGAAAAUUGCAUUAGAUUGUUGUGCUGAAUCUCCGGCAAGAAGGACAAACAUGAAAGAUGUUGUAGGGAUGCUGCAGAAGAUGAAGAUUCAGCUCCUUGCAAGUUGAACAUGUUUUUGGAAUCUGUUGUUCCAAUCACAUGAUUGUUGUUUUAUUUUGUUUUAGCAUUUGAUUUGUGAAUGAUUCUGUUUUCAGAAAUGCUAGAUGGUUGCAAUAACUCCCACUGUUUCCUCUUAGUAUUAUUGUUUGCAAGA